AUGGCUUCUUAAUUCAUAUCGAGUCAUGAGUCUCUUAGGAUCAGUGAGAUGAGAUUCAUAGAACAAGAAUAGUAUUAUAUCAAUCUCAUUAGAGAGUAAAGGGAAAAAGUAAUGCAUACCAUUCAUUAAUGAUAGAUGGAAUUAUUAAAAAAUGAAUUUCUAAAAAAAGAUCAAGUGAUCAUUGAUAUGCAAAGCUAAUUAAAUGAAUUAUAGGAUGAGAAUGAGUAGCUUAAGGAGAUGUAUCAGAAAUCUAUUUAGAAAAAGGACUAGGAAAUUUAUCGAAUAAACAAACUACAAUAGGAGAAGGAUAAUUUGAUAAAAGAUAUGAUUGAAUUGAAGGACAUGAUAGAGCAUUUAAGAUAAGAAAAUGACACUAUGAAUGUAAGAAAAUAAUAAGAUAUUUAUAGACAAUGUAUAUAAGAAAUGAAGAUUAAUAAAGGCAAUUCUAAGAUCAAUUAAUCCUUUUGGGAGAAGAGAAUAGUAGAUUGAAGACUGAAAUAUAAAAGUUGGAUGAGAUUUUAUUUUAAUGUGAACCUUUGAGGGUUGAAAAUGAAAAAUUGAAAGAAAAAUUAACUUAUUAUAAAUUAGAAAAGAGAAGACUCCACUAGGAUAUGAAACAAAGCAAAUAAGAGAUUAAUAAACAAAUAGAGGAGUUUAAAUUAGUAGUCACUAAGGAUUUUUAGAAUGAAAUGGAACGAUUGUAGGAGUAUAAGGAAUGCCAUCUGUAGUUAAAUUAAAAAUUGUAAGAUUUGGAAGAGCAGUGUUAGAGUUUAACUGAUGAAAAUAAUCAAUUAAAAUAGGAGAUAUAAUCCUUGUAUAAAAAGGAGGAAAGUGAUAUCAAAAUGAAAUCUGAGAUAGAUAGAGUAAAUAAUUCGUUUAUUUGAAAAGGUCAGACAAGAUCUAAUGUCAGUAAGACAAAAGGAAACAUAAAAAUUAUAUGAACUAUUUAAUGGUAUUAUGGGUUUGAGCAGUUUAGCAAACUCAAGAGAAAAAUUUUAUUGA